UAUAAAGCUCUGUGUCGUGACAUCACUAAAUGAAAUCAAUAGCACAUGAUGCUGGUAUAUUGGACUGCAUAGAGCCAGACAUUAAUAUUACUUCAGCAUCACUCAGCAUCAGCAGCCAUCCAGCUAGAUGAAACAGAAUAAAUUCAAUAUUGCAUUACACUUACUGCAAGCUGACAAGGAAACAGAAGCAUUUCCUCACUGAAAAAACAAAUCUCGAAGACGUGGUUUUGGAUUACAUAGUAAUUGAUAAAUGAGUCAGAAUGUGGCCAAAAUUUGAAAUACCAGAAGUGCAUGCACAUAAGGUCCCUUCUGCACCACCCUGUGAACAAAUCUUCUCUGGGGUAAAGGCGACCAUUAUGCAUCAAAAAUGGGUGAAACUCAAUGUAGGUGGAACAACAAUUGAGACAACUGUUCAGACCCUCAGGAAACUGGGAAGCAAAGUGAUAGAAGUGAUGCUGUGUGAGACACCAGAAGAUGGCGUGGUGAAGAUUGAUCAAGACCCACAAGUCUUUAACGUGCUUCUCAAUUAUGCAAGGACUGAUGUGUUAGAGGCCCCAAGAGACAAGGUCACACCAGGUCAGCUAGUAACCAUGGCAGAAUGCUUGCAGUUCAGUCAACCAAUCAAACAAGCUGUAAGAGAAUAUGCAAACAUGGUUACCAAGAGGCAGAAACAACAAAGAAUCCAACAAGCACUUGUGAACCAAGUCACCCACCCAAUGAGCUAUAGAGAUGCCGAUGACAUGGAUGACCGAAUGAUGCGUUUAAUGCAUCACAAUCAAAUCAACAUUUCGAAAACAUACAUUCCUAGAUCUUGCCCAAAUAAGAAAUUCUGCCAUCGAGUUGAUAUUAUGUGCUGCCUUGAUUCAAAUCAUGCAGAUGGUCAAUAUGAUAUUUCUAAUGAUGUGAAGGGCAGUGAAAGCAAGGACUUUAUCUAUGAAUAUGAACUAGAGAACUUAAAGGUUGAAUGCAUUCAGUGUCGCAAACAGUUGGACUUACAGCCAAAUCUUGGUUGGUGCCACAAAUGUAAAUGUUGCUGUACAUGUCAAGAUAGCUUCUGUGCAAGCCCUGAGAGUUUUAAAAAGUGUUAAACAGUCUUCAUAGCUGCUACACUUAACUAAGGUGCAUUUCCAUUGUCAAAUUGAUAGCUAAACAAUCAAUAUUUAUUUAAUUUGACCCCAGAAAUCUACCAUGUAGUUCCAUAUUUUCUGAUCUUUAUCUGUAUCACAUUAAAAUGUAAUAAAAAGCAUUUAGACUCCCCCCCCCCUUUUAUUUAAAAUCGCUCAGGUACUGACAUUAAACGUUUGCAUUGAUCCAUUAAAAGUGAAGAUUACAAAAGGGGGUCUUAACAAAACCUUAUGUGAAACAAAUCACUAAUCUAUGUGUAUAACCACGGAUACUCCUAAUGAUGUCAAUGUAAGAGAGCAAUGAACUUAUACAUUUUUUAGUUUCUGCUAACCCCCACUUUAUUUGUUUUCAUCUUUUAGUCAUAGCUUAAUAAUGGACCUGCACAUGUAGUUUAAAGCUGACUAUGUAAAUAGGCUUUUAAAGUAAUGUGGCUUUAUAUAGCAAUCUCAUGUAAGUGAAACUUGACAUUUAUAUAAUUGCAUAUCAUUUAUCUCUUAUAAAUAUUCACAAAGUAUAUAUUUCCAAGGUAUGGUUGUAUAUGACAACUAUGACAGGCUUCAAGACUAAGGUUAAUAAUAUAUAAUUGCCAUUGGCAUUCAGUGGCAUCCAGUCCAUUGCCCAAUAGUCACGCAGCUGUGAGUUAUCCCUGGACUAUGGUGCUAUAUUGAUAUUGUGUGAUAUUUAUUUUUAUGCACUAGUCUCAUCAUGAUAUGCAUUUUGGAAUGUAUUGGGAUGACACUGUAUAUUCAUAGAAUGUUAAUUUAUAGUAGAAUGUUCUGAUACAUACACAUUUACAUGUUAAGUAUAUUUGAUAAAAGUCUUUCAAAUAGGAUAUCAUUCAACUGACUAUGUAUUUUUGCUUUUUAUAUAUUGUAGUUUUUGAAAACGAAAAAAAUAUAAAAAACAAUAAAACAAGAACUGCCUCUUCUUCUGAUUUAACUGGUCCCAGUGGAAUUGAGUAGAUAUCUUGGAUACAGAUAUUCUUUCAUUGAGGGCUCUAAAUUCAGUUUAUUCUUGAUCA